AUGGCUAGAGGUUUGGAGAAAGGAGGAGAGAGAACAAAAGGAGAAAAAGGGAAAGGAAAGGCUCCUGCUGCCAAAACCAGGGACACUGCAUUCCUGUAUGAGGAUGAGAAGCUGAAGAUGAGAGCUGCCAUCCGUGCCAGCAUGAAGGAGGCGGGCAUCGGUAUGAGCAAGGUUUACAGAGUGGUUGCGGAGACAUCAUCUAGUGAUGAAGAGGAGUUCCUCGACCGGCAUGUUGCAGAUGCAAUGGCGAUGUCUCCCUGUAUGGCAGCCAUGAUGGAGGGAGAGCAGACAGGAGAGGAGGCAGAAGAGGAGACGAGAGGAGACGAGAGGAGACAGGAGAGAAGACAGGAGAGGAAACAGGAGAGGAGACAAGGGAGGAGGAAAGGAGAGAGGAGGCAGAAGACCGGGAGGAGUUUGGAGGAGAGGAGACGAGAGGAAGAGAUUAUGAAGGCAGGAGAGGAGACAACUGCAGACGAGACAGAGGCGGCUGGCCCCUCCAGAGGAAAGAAGAAAGAGAAGAGGAGAAGAAGAAGGAAAAGAUGA